AUGGAGAUUGUUGCAUGCCCCGGACUAGGGGGUACUAACUGCAUUGUUGUCGCACCUCCUCUUGUUGAUGAUCAGAAAGAUACCGAGAAGCCAAAGCUAUCAAAGGAGCCAUCGAAUGAGGGGAAUUCAGAAAAUAGUACUGAAUCGUGUGUUGAACGUGAUCAUAAGGUGAUCGAUGAUCAUAAUAAUAAUGAUAUGGAGUCUUGGAUUGUGGUCGUGGGGGAUAUUUCAUGCCCUCUACCAAUCAACAAGGUCUCGAUCGUUGAUGCAACUGAAACAAACAUUGAACUAGAGGGAAGUGUUGAAAAUCUUGAAGUAGACGAGAAUGGAGAAGGUACGGAUGAUUAUGAACAGAUAGAAACCGAUGAUGAUCAAGGUAAAGAGGUUCUUGUUAAUGAUCAGUAUCCAAGCAGGGUAAUCUUUCCUCCUACGUUUGUCUGCCCUGAAAUUGAAAUCGAGUUUGGAUCACUUGGGAAAAGUACAUUUAUCUUCCCUCCUGAAUAUGUUUGCCCAAAACUCAAUAUUAAGUUUGGAUCAUUCGGUGAUAAUGAUGAUGAUACAAAUAUCGGGUUGGGAGAUCUAAACCAAGAGACAGAACCACUAUGUGGUGAAAACAAAGAAGACGAAAAAGUGACUUGUGAGAUAAUUGAAGAUGAUAAGGCUAGUGAUGCUCCAACUGAGGAUGCGGCCGUAGAAUUCAAGGACGGUGAAAAGUUUUGUGACACGAAUACUAUGGUGGAAGACUCGAGUCAUGAGGUGAUUGAAACGCCUAAAAAACGUGUUGUCAUAAGCAACAACAAUCAUGACAUGAUUGUUAUAAAUUUACUAGAAAAUGAGAAAGUAAAUACUUGUGGGAUACUUGAAGAAGAUGAUACGGUCGCAGGAUUUGAAGAUGAAAGGGUUAGUGACACGGAUAUUGUGGUGGAAGACUCGAGUCAUGAGGUGAUUGAAACGCCCAAAUGUGACGCCACAAGCAACAACAAUAAUCUUGAUGUAACUCUUACAAAUUUAGCACAACUCGAUGGUCAAGGAGUUGGUGAUGCAAUUCAAUGGGUUGGCGAUCUUGUGGUUAUUAAUUAUAAUGCACUCAAAGUGGUUCCAAGUUUUGAGAUUGAAAAGCUCAAUGAGCAGAUUAAAAAAGCCCGAAUUCAACUUGAUGAGAAAACAAAGUUAAGAGAUGCAAUAUCAGAUAAAGUUGAAAAGAUGAAGAAAAGUUUGAGAGCUCGUAAAAACGAGGGAGUCAAUGUUGCUAACAUGAAGAUAAGUGCUGCAAAGAAAAUGGUUAAAUCAAAGCGACACGAAAUAGACUAUGUUCAACGUGUCAUCAAGAAUCUUAAAAGAGCUACUUCAGCAGGAGAGGUUGACAACAAGAUAUUUGAAGUGAAGCAUUCAACCGAUGAAAAAGCAUUCGUUCAUAUAAAAAAGCAGUUGAACGACAUUCGUGAUCAAUUAUCUUCAUAUAUGGCAAGCUAUGAUGAAGUUCAACAAGCGUUAUACCUUGAAGAUCGUAUACAUGAGGUCCUUAAGAGUUUGAAUAAGGAACUGAAAACCUUAAAGGAGGAUGUCUCAAAAGCUGAAUUGGUUACUAAAGCUACAAGUAAAAGCUAUCGGGAAGAUUCUGCAAUGGAAAAAGUCCUAAUAGUCCAAUUCAUAGCUGCAGAAGCAAUCCACCAGCAAGCAUUUUGGCAGCUAAAUAGUUUGAAGAAUCGUUUAGACGGUGAGGUGGAAGAGUUGAUGUAUGGAUUAAAGACCAAUGAAGAGCUUGGCACGUUCGUAAGUAUAAAACAGGAUACACUGGAUGGACCUCUGAGCCAAGAAGUUGCUGGCAAGUCGGUUCCUGUAAAAGAUGAAAUUAAACAAAUUUCGACAGUUUUUAUGGAAGAAACACAAAGUCAGAUUUCGUUUGUUGAAGAAAAGCACUCAGAGGAUCAAACUAAGGAGGAGGUGGCAGAGGAAAAUAAACAAAUGAUGAAAAGCAAGGAACCUGCUAAUUCUGCUGAGAUGAUAGACAAUCAAGAAAUGGAAAAUAUCGACGAAUCAAGGAAAGCAGAUGAACUAAAGACAGAAGAGACUGAGACCAAGUUGAAAGAGCAAAGUCAAUUAGAUGAAUUCAUGAAAGUGGAGACGAAUAAACGAAAUGCUGAAAAGGCCCAAACGUCGGCUGAGCAAAGAGCUCAAAAGGAAGCUGACCAACAUGAUCAGAAGGAAGCUAUGCGGAAAGAGAAGGCAAGGUUAAAGCGGUUAAGAAAGAAGAAAAAUAAGAGGCCAUGUCAUGAUGCCAACGACAGCAACAUUCAUGACGUUGACCUUGCAGAGUCAAACGAGGUCGACAAACCACGCACGCCCAUUUUGUAUCAAAACAAGCUAAACAGAAAAUCUAUGUGUCACAGAAAUUCAGGAACUUUAAGAACUGGCUGCAGCAUUCGGGGAAGAUGGCAAUUGUCGCGGGUCCUAUUCUAUCCUUAUUAUCAUUGUUGA